UCCGAGUUCAGUCGUCCGACUCUUUUUUAAGUUAUUGAAGUAAAUUAGCAAAACCUCACAGCCACCACCACUUCCCGCGCUACCAUUUGAGCUUUCUAGGGUUUAAACACCCGGCGAGCUCCAACCCACGGAAAUCGUUGGGAAACGACGUCGUUUCUAAGCGGAAAUGGAGGUCGACAUGGACACUUCUCCCAGCUACUUCGACCCCGAAGACCUCUCCGUCAGAGAGCGAUUUCGCCGAUACGGGAAAAGGCACUCAGCAUCCAGCAUAUCGCCCGGUCAAGAAAUUUCAACAUCAAAGUUCAGUGAAGCCAGGCUAUUGUAUGAUGGACAGAAUAUCCAUAGCCCAACUAAUGCUGCCCUUCUUCUUGAAAAUAUUAAGCAAGAGGUUGAGAGCACCGAUGCUUAUCGUUCAGAAAGAACACCUGCAAGGACACAUCCUGCUUCUAAAAGGAAACCAUCUAUUGAUAGUUAUGGAAUGGCAGAUAUGGAUGCUGGUGUUGAUUCACUUCGUUAUUCACUAAAAUCUUGCAAGCAUGAGGAGGACUCGUUGGCAGAUGGUGGAGACACUACUUUUACUCUAUUUGCAUCUCUACUUGAUCCUGCUCUUCAAGGUUUGAUGUCUAUUCCUGAUCUGAUACUAAGAUUUGAGAGAUCUUGCCGAAAUGUUUCAGAGUCAAUUAGGUAUGGGUCCAGUGCAUGGCACGGGGUUGUAGAGGACCAAUUGAUGAGGCAGAAGGCUCAGCUCCUGCUUGAUGAGGCUGCUUCCUGGUCUCUUUUGUGGUACCUUUAUGGGAAAGUGUCUGAAGAACUCCCGAAAGAGUUGAUCCUGUCUCCCCAAACUUCGCAUUUGGAGGCAUGCCAGUUUGUUGCAGAUGAUCAUACAGCACAAUUAUGCCUCCGGAUUGUUCAAUGGCUUGAAGUUUUAGCCUCCAAAGCACUUGACUUGGAAAGCAAGGUGCGAGGAUCUCAUGUUGGUACCUAUCUCCCCAGCUCUGGUGUUUGGCGUAAUACUCAACGGUAUCUUAAGAAAGGAGCCUCCAAUACAAAUACAGUUCAUCACUUGGAUUUUGAUGCUCCAACACGCGAACAUGCUCAUCAGCUACCUGAUGACAAAAAACAAGAUGAAUCUCUUUUAGAAGAUGUCUGGACGCUUUUAAGGGCUGGAAGACUGGAAGAGGCAUGUGAUCUUUGCCGGUCUGCUGGGCAGCCAUGGAGAGCUGCAACAUUGUGCCCAUUUGGAGGGUUGGACCUUUCUCCUUCUGUUGAAGCGCUGGUGAAGAAUGGAAAAAAGAAUAGAAUUUUGCAAGCCAUUGAACUGGAAAGUGGCCCAGGUCACCAAUGGCGUCUUUGGAAAUGGGCUUCCUAUUGUGCAUCAGAGAAAAUUGCAGAGCAAGAUGGUGGUAAAUAUGAAGCAGCUGUAUAUGCAGCCCAGUGUAGCAACUUAAAGCGUAUGCUUCCAAUCUGCACAGACUGGGAGUCAGCAUGCUGGGCGAUGGCAAAGUCAUGUCUAGAUGUUCAGGUGGAUUUGGAACUAGCUCGUAUACAACCAGGGAGAAUGGAUCAAAUUAACAGUUUUGGAGAUGUAAUUGAUGGAAGUCCUGGACAUAGUGAUGGCACCCUUCAGCCUUCAGAUGGACCAGACAAUUGGCCAGUCCAUGUUCUGAACCAGCAGCCAAGACAACUUUCUGCUCUUCUUCAGAAACUUCAUUCAACGGAAACAGUACACGAAAGUGUUGCUCGGGGAUGCAAGGAGCAUCAUCAUCAAGUAGAGAUGAUUCUAAUGUUAGGGGAUAUACCGCGCCUUCUGGACCUUAUAUGGUCAUGGAUAGCACCUUCAGAAGAUGAUCAGAAUGUCUUUAGGCACCAUGGAGAUCCUCAAAUGAUUCGUUUUGGUGCACAUCUAGUGCUUGUACUCAGAUAUUUACUUGGCGACGAAAUCAAGGAUGCAUUCAGAGAGAAAAUAAUGAGUAUUGGUGAUCUCAUUCUACACAUGUAUGCAAUGUUUCUUUUUUCAAAGCAACAUGAGGAGUUAGUGGGUAUAUAUGCUUCUCAGCUUGCUUGUCACCGAUGCAUUGACCUCUUUGUGCACAUGAUGGAACUAAGGCUGAACAGCAGUGUCCAUGUCAAAUAUAAGAUCUUCCUUUCUGCCAUGGAGUACUUACCAUUUUCUCCUGGAGAUGGUUCAAAAGGCAGUUUUGAGGAAAUCAUGGAAAGGGUUUUGUCAAGAUCUCGGGAGAUCAAAGUUGGUAAAUAUGAGAAAUUAUCAGAUGUAUUAGAGCAGCACCGGCUGCAGGGUCUCCAAAAAGCUAUGGUUAUCCAAUGGCUCUGCUUUACACCUCCCUCAACAAUUACUGAUGUUAAGGAUGUUAGCACAAAACUUCUUCUGCAAGCACUGGUACAUAGCAAUAUAUUAUUCAGGGAGUUUGCUCUGAUUUCUAUGUGGAGAGUGCCAGCAGUUCCCAUUGGUGCACACACAUUGCUUAGUUUUCUUGCUGAACCUCUGAAACAGCUUUCGGAAAAUCAUGAUACCAUGGAGGAUUGUAAUAUUUCUGAGAAUCUAAGAGAGUUCCAAGACUGGAGCGAGUAUUACUCCUGUGACGCAACAUAUCGCAAUUGGCUCAAAAUUGAAUUGGAGAAUGCAGAGGUGUCUCCCCUAGAACUAUCAUUGGAGGAAAAACAAAGAGCAGUUUCUGCAGCUAAAGAGACACUAAAUUCAUCUCUGUUACUGCUACUAAGAAAAGAAAAUCCUUGGUUAGCUGCAGGUGAAUAUCAUGCAUAUAAAUCAGAAGAACCUUUAUUUCUAGAAUUGCAUGCCACUGCAAUGCUCUGCCUACAAUCUGGCGAAUGUAUGUCUCCAGAUGCCACAGUGUGCACCACUUUGACGAGUGCCCUUUACUCUUCAGUGAGCGAGGAAGAUGUGUUAAAUCGGCAACUGAUGGUGAAUGUCUCCAUAUCUUCAAGGGACAAGUACUGCAUUGAGGUUGUACUUCGCUGCUUGUCAGUAGUGGGUGAUGGAAUUUGGCCACACGAACUGAAUGAUGGUGGUAUACUUGCUACUGUUAUGACCGCUGGCUUCAAAGGUGAGCUUCUUCGAUUUCAAGCUGGAGUUACAAUGGAGAUUUCUCGAUUAGAUGCUUGGUAUUCAAGCAGCGAUGGGUCGUUGGAAGGCCCAGCAACGUACAUUGUGCGGGGUCUUUGUCGUAGAUGCUGUCUUCCAGAAGUCAUUCUUCGAUGCAUGCAGGUCUCAGUUUCGCUCAUGGAGUCAGGUGAUCCACCUGAAAGCCAUGAUGAGUUGAUCGAAUUAGUUGCUUGCCCUGAAACCGGGUUUCUUCAUUUGUUUAGCCAGCAACAAUUGCAGGAAUUUUUGUUGUUUGAGAGGGAAUACUCAAUAUUCAAAAUGGAGCUUCAGGAGGAACUUUCUUCUUGAUGAUUGCGAUGGGAUAGAAUCAAGGUCUCUGGUUCUUACUUGUUAGUACAAGGCUUGAUAGUUUUGUAAAAUGGAUGUGUUUUUCUGUUUUUAAUUUUAUUUUUGUAAAGUGGAUGACUUGAUGUCUUUUUUCAGUGAUGAAAGUCUUUUUGGAAACAGUACUAUUGUAUUGUUUUAA